GCGCUGAGGGCUGAGGCCGGCGGAGAGUGACAGGAGGAGGCGGAGCAGGAGCCGGGCUGGCUGGCAGACUGAUUACUGGCUAGACUUCAUGAAUAGAAGGUCCUGGGACUGUUAGACUCCCCAGCCCCCGCCCUUUCCACCAUGGACCAGGAUUAUGAGAGACGUCUCCUGCGCCAGAUCAACAUCCAGAAUGAAAACACAAUGCCUUGUGUAGUUGAGAUGAGACGAACACUGACACCUUCCAACUCUCCAAUGUCCUCCCCCAGUAAACAUGGAGACCGUUUCAUUCCCUCAAGAGCUGGGGCCAACUGGAGCAUUAACUUCCACAGAAUAAAUGAAAAUGAAAAGUCACCAAGUCAAAACAGAAAAGCAAAGGAUGCUACCUCAGACAAUGGCAAAGAUGGCCUUGCUUACUCAGCCUUGCUAAAGAACGAACUGCUGGGAGCAGGGAUUGAGAAAGUGCAGGACCCGCAGACAGAGGAUAGGAGACUGCAGCCAUCCACGCCAGAGAAGAAGAGCCUCUUCACGUACUCGCUCAGCACCAAACGCUCCAGUCCAGAUGAUGGCAAUGAGGUCUCCCCAUAUUCCCUGUCACCUGUCAGCAACAAAAGUCAGAAAUUGCUAAGAUCACCUCGAAAACCAACAAGAAAAAUCUCCAAGAUUCCUUUCAAAGUGCUGGAUGCUCCAGAGCUGCAGGAUGACUUCUACCUGAACCUAGUGGACUGGUCUUCUCUCAAUGUUCUCAGUGUUGGCCUCGGUACCUGUGUUUACCUAUGGAGUGCUUGUACUAGCCAGGUGACCCGGUUGUGUGAUCUGUCUGUGGAAGGCGAUUCUGUGACAUCAGUGGGCUGGUCAGAACGGGGGAACCUGGUAGCAGUUGGAACUCACAAGGGCUUUGUACAGAUCUGGGACGCAGCUGCAGGGAAGAAAUUAUCCAUGCUUGAGGGUCACACAGCCAGAGUGGGUGCUUUGGCAUGGAAUGCAGACCAGCUUUCUUCCGGCAGUCGGGACAGAAUGAUCCUUCAGAGAGACAUUCGGACCCCCCCACUACAGUCUGAGCGACGGCUUCAGGGCCACAGGCAGGAAGUGUGUGGGCUGAAGUGGUCCACAGACCACCAACUCCUAGCGUCGGGUGGCAAUGAUAACAAGCUCCUUGUGUGGAAUCAUUCCAGCUUGAGUCCUGUCCAGCAAUAUACAGAGCACCUAGCAGCAGUGAAAGCUAUUGCGUGGUCUCCACAUCAGCAUGGUCUGUUGGCCUCGGGUGGUGGGACAGCUGACCGCUGCAUUCGGUUCUGGAACACUCUAACCGGGCAGCCCUUGCAGUGCAUUGAUACUGGGUCACAAGUGUGCAAUCUGGCUUGGUCUAAACAUGCCAAUGAACUAGUGAGUACCCAUGGAUACUCGCAGAACCAGAUUCUCGUCUGGAAAUAUCCCUCAUUAACCCAAGUAGCAAAACUAACAGGGCAUUCGUACAGAGUCUUAUACCUGGCAAUGUCUCCUGAUGGGGAGGCCAUAGUUACAGGAGCAGGAGAUGAAACCCUGAGGUUCUGGAAUGUCUUCAGCAAAACCCGCUCAACAAAGGAGUCUGUGUCUGUUCUGAAUCUCUUCACCAGGAUACGGUAAACCCCGUACUUGCACACCAGGAGACCCCGGUACAAAGUGCCAGGAGAAAACCACAAACUUGGCGUGCAUGGACCCUCUCACUGUCAACCAGAAGAGGGGAAGGGGAGUGCCAGUGGGUUUGGAGGAUGGACUUUCAAGAUUCUUCUAAAUACAUGAUUGCGAACCAUAUUGGACAGUAUUUGGGGUGGGGCUGGGAGGGUGAUGCAACUAUCAAAGGGUUAAGAAUUCAUUCUUCAUAAAGGGGAACAGGUGCAAGAGGGAAAAACUAAAGUAUCUAAUUUUAUAUAUUGGGUAGAACUUGUGUGAUAUGGACCAUGAUAAGGAAGACUAGGCCAAGGGCAUCCCAACUGCUGCUUUGUAACCUCUGUGAGAGAUGAGUGGAUUUGUUUGUGAGGAGGGGUUUGGAAUGCUGCUCUGGGUUCUUCAUUCUCUGAUUUGACACACUUCUUCGGAAGCCAGAGUUAGCCAGACUUGAUCAAAUUUUACUGCUGGGAGAGGACAAAAGUUAGAGCUGGGAAGAAGCCUCUCGCAUGUAGAAUGGGUAUUGUUUGCUUGGGACUAAUAUUCCAAGUAGAAAAAAGGAGAACUGCUUAUUUUCCUCAGACACACAGUUUUCUCUUCCGUUUAAAACCAUGACUAAUAUUUGACAUGGACAUUCACCUAAGAGUUUAAUUUUCAGCACACUUAGUAUCUGGCUAAAAUAAUGGAGCUGAGAAUUUUUUUAAAAGAUUUUAACAGCAGCUGCCUCUUCUGAAGGAAAGAUUACUGCACGAUCCAAAGAGAUGAUUAUUUUUUUAAAAAGAAUUAUUGAUAUUACACAUUCAAAGCUGGUCUAAGACUUUUAGUUUAAUGGGGAAACAAUGGCUUUUUUUUUAAAGACCCAGGAGUAUUUAUUUAGAGCUUUAUGCUGUGCCAAUUAUUGCAGACUGAUUGCUGCAGUGUCUUUAUGAGGACAAAAGCAGUUGAGAUGGAUUUAGAAAGAGAGACUAUUGUGGAUCUGUUUUCAAAGACAAAGGUUCUUUAAGAUUGUUGCCUGUCUUCCACAUGGGACGGAAGAAACAUCAUGUGUUUGUAAGUCUGUGUGCAAGGUAUUUUAGGCAAGGGCAAAGUGUUGCUUUUUUUUUUUUUUUUUAACUUCAAUUAGGUCACAGCCAGAGGCCCAUUUUUAAGUUUCAGGAAGAGAGAGAUCCUGCCAGUUUGUUGGAAUAAUGCAGUGAGGUGUGAUGCUAAGCACUUGUGUGUGUGUGUGUGUGUGUGUGUGUGUGUGUGUGUGUCUUGCUUUUAAUUUAAAGAGAAGCUGUUAUGCUUGCAGCAGCCAGUUCCUGUCUACUUUGUACCUGUGCCAAUGCUCGCCUGCUGUGCAUCUGGCCCCUCGCCUCCUUUUGUAAAAUGUUUGGAUGUAAGUUCUGUCUCUUCUCUUGGCUAUUGUGUAUAUAGACCUUGUCCUGUUGUACAUAGUGUGUAGGCAGAUACCUUCUUGCGAAACCAGCCUGCCCAGGUUGGGGGGGGGGAAGGGGGGGAGGGAAGGUGUGGGAGACAGCUGCUUCUCUAGAGCAGCAGCGACCCCUUUAGAAAGGGCAAAUUUCAGGUAGCAAGUCUGGCAAAGAGAAUUGCUAUGAACUGUGAUUCCAUUUCACUACAGCCUUGACCAAGUGUGCCAUUUACAGCUAACGCGUGGAUGUUGGUCUCUGGGUACUAGGAGUGCUUCUCAACAUGGUGUUCCGUAGCAAAGCUGACGGCAUUGGAGCUCUUGAAGCCAAAAAUGGGACCUGACUAGUCCCGCCGCCCCCUUCCCACGCUCCUCCAAAAAACCAUUUCAGCACAGAUCUGCUUUACUCUGGUUCUCUCCACAAAAUUCCAAGGCACUGUAAACAUGGUCUGCAAUGGUCUCCUGAUUCCUCUAUUGCUGCUUGUUCCAUGUUUGGCAUCCUGAUCCGUCACCUCACUAAAGCACUAAGGAAUUGGUAACCUGUCAGAUCAUUAAGUCAGGCAAGCAUGUCUGAAUUAAAGGCAUCACUUGUAGUGAAACAUGGUCUGUAACGGGUGCCUGUUCCACCCCCUGGGGCAAUUAUGAUGGAGAAAGGACCAGAGGAAAGUAAUGCAUGUCUUAAGUCAGAGACUGGAAGGAGGAGGAAUAUGGCUGCAAGUUACUUCUGUGGCUUAGUUUCUCAUUUGCGAUCUGUGCUUUGGGAUAACUGUUCCCCAGUCCCCUAGCUCAAUGUCCAAACCACCCACAAAACAUUUUCCUCCUGGGAAAAAUCUGUAAAUGGAGGGAAACAAGGAAACCAUCCCUGAAAGGGGAGUAAAUUUGUCUCUGCUCAAGUUGUGUAAGUGUCCACCUAAUGAGGAGGAAAACGCGGAAAGUGUCUUGUGUGGAAGAAAGGUGGAAAGUCUGAUGGUGUGUGCAGGGAUGGCUAGGGGCCGGGAAGGAGUGGUACAGGCUAGGUUGUGCAGUGGUCCUGGUAACUAUCCUGACAGUAAUCCCCUCUGCCCGCCCCAAUACCACACACUGGAGAGGAGCAAGCUUUCCUGUUUGUCAGGCGCGUGAUCAGCCUAGGCAUGUGCGCCCUACAUCAGAGAGCCACCCUUGCUGAGGCAACUGGUAAAAGGAACAUUCGAACUCAGGGUAAGACAAGCUUUGCUUUUUCUUGGGGAGGGUUUGCUUUGGAAAGGAGAGGGGAGCAGACAGUCCUCUUCCUUUAGGCCUGCAGUGUUGGGUUUGGUUUUGAAGUAAUCCCCAGAGUGGAGGGAGGAAAUACCACAGAGAAAUCUAGAUGCUCUGGAGUCUGUGCUGCAGUUACGCAUGGGAGCUUUCUUGUGUGUCGCACUGAAAUCUCAAGCAGAGAAUUGCAUUCGACAGAGCAUCCUUCUAUACGCUCAGUUUGUCAUUCUCUGCUUCUAACAGCAUUAUUUCUGUCGCACUGUUUCAGAACGAUCCCGUUCCUAAUCCUCCCUCUGCUCGGAAGGCUGGGCAGGACAGGUUACUUUGUGUUCCUACUGUUCUGCUUAGCAGGGAUGAGUAGUUGAUUCCCGAUCCCAUAGCUGGUUUAUGGUUGAGUGUAUUGGCUACCUGGCUGGAGGGGUGGUGGGAGAGCAAUGUUAAAAACGGUCUUUAGUGGAUAUAAAAAAAAAUACCAGCACAAAUUCCUUGUUUCCUGUGCAGUUGCCAAAGGAGGUAGUUUGCUGGGGCUAGUGGAGUGUCCUCAAAAGGUAUCUUUCGGGGGGGAGGGGGUGCUGGGGGUGUUUGUGUCUAGAAUCUCAUGUAUGCAACUCGUGUGAAGCGAUUGGCUGUCUGGAGUGUGCUCAAUAGUAUUGUAAAUGGAAAAAGAAAAACUUGCGUACACUUAUUUCAAUGUAUGAACCAUAACAUUUCUGACUUGUACAGUUCAGGCAGUUUGCAAGGUCUCCCCAGAGUUUAUGCAGGUAAAUUCUAAGAACUUGUGGCAUUGUUACAUAUAAAGCAUCAUAUGGUGGGGAAAAAAAAAAUAGAGAGACCAUUGUAACUUUUCAUGUAAAGCAAUGUAACUGGCAUUAAAUACAUUGUGAAUUUAA